AUGUUGAUGAAAUUUGGUCUUCCCAGUGCUGAAGCCUGGAGCAAAGUGCCAGCACUUGAAGCGCCCAUUGCUCCAAGUCCCUUCACCAAUCCAUAUUUGACUAAAUUGUAUGAAGUUACAAUGAGAGGAUCAACUCCACUAACCAUUGCUAUUAUUUAUUUCACUUCUGUGCAUCUUAUGAAUAAAGUUGUUAGAAAUAGACAAAUUCGUAAACAACAACAAUUGGAAAAGUCAAGCGAUGGCAAGCAACAACCAGGAUCGAAAAAGAGAUUACCAGCCGCUCCUUAUUCCAUUUCCAAAACUUCAACUUUCAAACUUUUUGUCAUUUUACACAAUAUCUUUUUAUGUGUUUAUUCAGUAUGGACUUUUAUUCGUAUGAUUACAACUAUUGCAUCAACUAUGGAUAUUUUCAAAUUGGAAUUGAUUCCAUCAUUUUAUGAAAGUUUAAAAGUUGAAAAUUAUACUUUACAAAAAUUGGAUGUAUUUUUCCAAAGUGUUUGUGAUUCAAAGAGUGGAAUUUUCUCAAGAGUAAUUACGUCAACUCAAGGUUUGCACAAUUUGGAAAUAUUGGGAUUUUGGUUCUAUAUAUCCAAAUUUUAUGAAGUCAUUGAUACUGUUGUUAUUCUCCUCAAGGGACGCCCAUCAUCAUUAUUGCAAAGUUAUCACCAUGCAGGAGCAAUGAUGUGUAUGUGGGCAGGAGUUCGUUUCCAAUCACCACCGAUUUGGAUUUUUGUUGUAUUCAACUCAUUUAUUCAUUCAUUGAUGUACUUUUAUUUUACAUUAUCUUGCUUGCACAUUAGAGUCCCACAAGUGUUUAAAAAACUGUUGACAUCAAUGCAAAUCACUCAGUUUGUUGUUGGUGGAAGUAUUGCUGUUUUGCACAGCUUUGUUUGGAUUAUUGAUACCAGUAAGAUUGUCGGUGCCGAACAUAUGGAAUUGGUUAAUUGUAUUAGCACUCCAGAAAAAGCACUACCAUUGUUGAUUAAUGUUGCAUAUUUGACGCCAUUAACUGCUUUGUUUGCUGCUUUCUACAUUGAAAGUUAUUUCAAAACAAAGAACGCUUAA